GUCUUUGCAGUUUGCGAAAAGCGCAGAUGAGCGCAGAUUGGAAACGAAAACCGAGGAAAGUCGUUUCGGUUUGGAAAGUACAUAAUCUUACAAGUUAUUGACGUGAAACCUGAUGCAAGGCUAUCAUAGAGUGGAUUUCACAGGAUUGUUCCACUGCUGAGUGCUAUCUGUUCUCUGGCUGAAUUGGGAAGAACAAUAUGUGUACAUCUGCUGCGCAAUGAGAAAGAUCAGCAAGUCACGCAGCCAGGAGGGUGCCACUGCUGUCGACUGGAGUGGAGAGGGCGGCUCGGCGGCCGAGAAGAUGGCCACCUCUGAUGGGCCGGCGCCGUCGGCGCUCCGAGAGAAGAAGCUCUCGUCCAGCUCGCUAGCGGCCGCCGACGCCAGCCGCCCCAAGGUGGUCACCGUCAAAAUGGCCGAGUCGAACAAGGCCAAGCCGACGUCCACCAAGAAGGCGCGUCCCGUCCAGUCGGACAUCGAUCUCAGCAAGGAGUUCACCCGCUGCCGCGACGAGGGCACCAAGCGACUCGACCUCAGCAAGUCCAACAUCACCCAGCUGCCGGCGACGGUGCGCGAUCUGACGCACCUGACCGAGCUCUACCUGUACGGCAACAAGCUGACCACGCUGCCGGCCGAACUGGGCUGUCUGACCAGCCUGCAGACGCUGGCGCUGAACGAGAACUCGCUGACCAGCCUGCCCGACUCGCUGGCCGGCCUGCGCGCGCUGCGCGUCCUCGAUCUGAGGCACAACAAACUGCACGAGAUUCCGGACGUUGUCUAUCAGCUGACGAGUCUGACGACGCUGUUCCUGAGGUUCAACAGGGUGAAAAUUGUCGGAGACGACAUACAAAACCUUGUGAACCUGACCAUGCUCAGUCUGCGCGAGAACAAGAUCCGUGAGCUAACGGCCGGCGUGGGACGGCUGGUGAAGCUGGUGACGUUCGACAUCUCGCACAACCACCUGGAGCACCUGCCCGAGGCUAUCGGCAACUGCGUGCGCCUGUCUACCCUGGACCUGCAGCACAACGAGCUGAUCGACAUUCCGGAGUCGAUCGGAAACCUCCGCGCACUCACCCGGCUCGAGCUCAGGUACAACCGUCUGUCGGAGAUUCCCAAGUCGCUGGCCAAGUGUGUGCACAUGGAGCAGUACAACAUGGAGGGCAACAGCGUGGCGCGCCUGCCGGAGGGCCUGCUGUCGGCGCUCAACAGCCUGACCAGCGUCACGCUCGCCAGGAACUGCUUCACCAGCUUCCCGGUCGGCGGACCGGCCCAGUUCACAAACGUGGACUCGAUCAACAUGGAGCACAACCAGAUCAAUAAGAUCCCGUACGGCAUCUUCUCGCGGGCGCGGCACCUGACCAAGCUGAACAUGAAGGACAACCUGCUGACGGCGCUGCCGAUGGACAUCGGCACCUGGGAGCACAUGGUGGAGCUAAACCUGGGCACCAACCAGCUGACCAAGGUGCCAGACGACAUCCAGCACCUGCAGAGUCUCGAGGUGCUCGUGCUCUCCAACAACCUGCUCAAGCGCCUGCCGCCGACGCUGGGCAGUCUCCGUAAGCUGCGCCUGCUCGAUUUGGAGGAGAACCGUCUGGAGACUCUGCCCAGUGAGAUCGGCUACCUGCGCGAGCUGCAGCGGCUGGUACUACAGAGCAACUGUCUCACGGCGCUGCCCAGAGCUAUAGGUCUGCUGACCAACCUGGAGUACCUGAGCGCCGGCGAGAACAACCUGUCGCACCUGGUGGAGGAGGUGGGCAACCUGGAGUCGCUGAAGGCGCUCCACAUCAACGACAACCCGGGCCUGCACGGGCUGCCGUACGAGCUGGUGCUGUGCUCCAGUCUGCAGGUGCUGAACCUGGAGGGAUGCCCGCUCACCCAGAUACCGGCCGAGAUUGUGGCCGCCGGGCCCAGCCUCGUCAUACAGUUCCUCAAGAUGCAGCGUCCAUACCGAACCAUGUGACGGCGCGGUGCACGUGCCACGUGCGGCCGAGCUGCGGGCCGCGCCGCCGCCAUCGGAGCCGGACCCGGUGAGCUGUCAGGGCGCCGGCCGGCCGGCUAGGAGCGCUGACCGGCCCCCGGCCGCCCCCAUCCGUAGGGUGUUUUAGAGACGGCGAGCGGCGGCGCCCGGCUGCCGCCGCGCCGCCGCGCACGGCGCCGUCAGCGCGCUCCGUCUUUUUGUAACCACUUUUUGGUGACUCGAUUUGUGUUGGGUGUUGUGUGCCGUCGGUCGUCGGUCUGUCGGCGGCUCGCCGUCGGUCUCUGCUGCGGUCACCAGCGGCCGGCAGAGCGACCCGGCCCGUGCGAGCUGCGGCGAUUGCCAGCGGCCGGCAGGGCGCCGCUGUUGGUCGCGGAGGAGGGUCUUGCCCUCCGCGCGGCGGUUUGCAGUCGGGCGACUCGAUCGGUGCUGGUGUGCGCAGUUGCCGGCCGGCUGGUGGGACGUUUUACUGUGGUCGGGAGUGGCUAGGAUUUGGCGGACAGGUCAGCCGGAGCGACGGUGAUGCUUAUUGUAGGUCACUUACUUUGAACGUUUUCUCUUUAUAAUGAGAGAACUUUAUGGUUCCUGGGAACCGCCCUAUGCAUCGUAACGUUUUAGUGGAUGACAAAAAACAUCCUUUUUAUUUGCUACGACCGGGUUUAUCGGGCUCAGCUUUGCGUUUUGUCGGUGACAUUUGACGGUGCUGUAUCUCUGGCUUUUGCCGAGACGGUGGACCGGCUAUUUCACAAGUCACAUGAGCAUUCCCUUUGGCUUAACUUAUCAAUUGCAUUAGCUAUUAAUGGCGGUCAUUUGAUUUUAGACGCACUCGUGCAACUGCCUUGUUGCCCCGCCGUUACCCCUUUCUUUGUUGACGGUUGUGUCAUGGAUGACGCGUACGCGAUACAUGGCUUUAAUGUGGUCAUCGUACCAACUUGGGCUCGCAGCCGUACCCCAUUUAUCCCCUGUGGACCCUCGCGCGAGCGUAGCGCUGUGGGGGUUUAACCAGCUUACCGCAGCAGGGCGGUCCCCGUUUUUGGAUAUUUUACCUGGACGCCGAUGCUGUUUUGCUGUCGAUGAUGAUGGACCUGCGCUGGCCGGCGCGGUAAUUCAAUGGCCGCUGGGUGGUUGGCGCGGGCUUUGGUUGGCCGGGGCGGCCGGGUAGUUGGCGCGGACCCGUCAGAGACGGCCGGGCCGGCUCCGGGGUGCCCGCCGCUGUGUGCGCCGCUCCUCCUCGCGCCGGACGGCCCGCGUCCGUGUUCUCAGUCGGUGCGUGUCCGCGUUUUCAGUCGGCGGCGCGGCUGCCGUCAGCCCCCCUGUGUGGAUGUGGGAGCGGGUGACGCGGCUCCGUGCCGAUCGGUGGCAUGUUCACCACUUACCAAGCGCACAAAUUUUAUGACUACGUAGAUGUAGCAUGCAUAUGCCAAGUGUGUAUGUCUGUGUACUUGUGCGCGUGGUAGCAUAGACGGCGCGGUCGGCCCGGCGCCGGUACGUUGGACUGCGCCGCUCGUGCCCGACCCCGCCGCCGCUGCCGCCGCCGCCUCUGGGAUCUCUGUGAGGGGACCGCGCGCCGGCCGGGGCAUUAUCGGCGUGGGGCGAUACUGGUAGCUCUCUCGCACGCCGCGCCCGUUUUUCGCGGACACCAGCAGACAUUUUAGAACCAUUUCGCUUCAUAACCCGGACUGAACUACUCACGCCGGGCGGCGUAGGAAGACUCUGAGGGCAGUCCCCCAGUAGCGUCUGUAGCGCUCCGGUGUCCUGUGUUGGUUGCGGUCGGGCAGGGAGCGCGGUGCUGGGCAGGGGUGUCCGCUGCGCCCCGGGACACGGAGCGGGCCUCGGCCGUGCGUGGGCACUGGGGCGGGGCAGCGGCGAGCGGGCGGGAUCCACCGCGGCGCGGCGCGCAGAACUGUGAUCCUAGAGUGGGCCAACUGACCGGCCGCGAGCCGGGAGCAUCCCUGAGUGUGUGUGCGUGUGUGCGUGUGCCGGCCGGCCGCCUGGGUGCCAGCGACCCGCGCGGCGGACGCUGGGCCGCCGGGCACCGGCCAGCCGCGGCCGAUACUAAUAUACGAUGUUGUUACA